CGUAUUUUAAGUAUUCAGUUCAUUCUGCACUUUACAUAAAUGAAAUAUCCCUGUGAGUUUUUGCUCUUAACAUUAACAAUUCUGUGUUCAUAAAGAUAAAGCCCGAGGGAAACGGAGGCGCGUGCUAAUUAGCUUUUCAAUUAGCUUAAUAACAGGACAGUCAAUCAAAAUGGCGACAUUUCCCGGAAGGUAAAUACGACUGACAAGGCAUAUCGAGGAAAUACAUCAACUCAGGCAACGUUUGCUCUUGACAAAUUAAAAUAUGUUUCCAUGUUCGUAUGGUGUGGUGUUGCUGUUCACCUUACCUUUCACCAGUCCACUGCCGACAGGAACUUUCCAGACAAAAUGUCUUGAGCGUCACUUUUGGCUUUCUGUCAAGUCCAGCGUCCUUGGAUUGAGGACCCAUUUUGACUUUGAAGACCAGUAUGGAUUCCACUUCUUGUCUGCUCAGGACGCCACACGCUGUGGUUACACUGUCCUACUCAAUGAUGUUGGAGACCUGGUGUUUCGUGCCUCCUUCCUGGCGUGUCACGUCAACAGCGAGAGAGGCACAGGCUAUCACCUGCGUCUUUGGCUUGUGAGCCUGCAGGCGGAUGGGAGGGUAGCGGCGUAUCCCUUUCAGCUCCACUGCUCAUUCCAGGGGCAGUGGAGCGCCAGAGAGAUCGUCUGUGAGGAAAACUACAUGGAGGUGUCCAUCCAGCAGCCUAUCCUGCCAAUUACAUCCAAAAAUGAGAAGGGAGCUGAUGAGGCAACGAUGGCUGUGAUGUUCCACAAUGAUGACCAGUCGCCAGACAAAGCAAAGUUUUUGUCCCUGAGAGAGGCUGCAGCUCUGGGCUACCACAUCUCACUGCGUGGCUCUCACCUCACCCUCCGCUGUCCCUACUCCUCCCCUCUCUCAUACUCAGUCAAGGAGAGCGGAGUGGAUUUAGAGAUUGUUAGAACAACCAUCCUGUACCGAAUCCAGAGAAAGUUCCUUGCUGUUGACACCACUGUUGCCUGUGCUCUGAAUGAGGCAACAGCAGAUGGGUCUGACCUGCUGUGGACUGUCCCUUACGUCCUGACUCCGUUAGUCCAUGGUGAGUUCAGGGACAGAGGCAUGAGGAUCCGGGUGAACGACCGGGCUCUAAAUGAGUCUGAAAAGAAAGAGAGGGGAUACAAGAUCGGUGUGCGAGAGGGGAAAAUGGAGGUCAGGAUUCCUUUAGGAGCCAAAGGUGGACACGUUAAGAGUGGUGUUGUGAGGGGACAGUACAGCCAGUCCAUGUCUGUGGAUCUGUUCCUCCUGAGUCAGUGGGAGGACGAGCGCUGGCCUCUCACGCAGCAUCGCUCCUUCCGGCUCCUUAAGACUCCUCUCAUCCCACAAGUCCCAUUCUUCACUGACCACACUGUCCCAUCUGAGCGAUUGUUCUCCGUCACUUUAGGCCUCUUUGCACCUGAUGUUUCCAUCCAGAAGGUGACUGUAGAUGGUGGUGGUGACCUUUUAACCUGGACCCAGACUGACACAGACGACCUCAGUGUGUCCAGGCUCUCCCACUCCAAUGGGAGCCACUCUUACAAAUUUAGUUUCCCGUUGUCACACCCAAAAAUAAUCCGAGAGUACAUAGGUGGUGGCUAUGAGACGUACAGCCUCUCUUUCACCUUUAAUCUUAACAUCUCACCCAAUGAAGAGCUGUUUUACCAUAAAGCCACGAUAGAGCACAGUGUGGAAUAUACAACUCCAGGUUCCCCCAAGCUGGAGGGGAAGUGCACAGAGAGCAGCCUGCUGGUGGUGCUGCACUACGGGGCCCAGACCGAGCUGCAGUGGGAGCUCUUCCUCGGAGCUCACAAACUGGACUGGGACCUGGUGGAGAUGGGUGGGUUCGUAGUGGAGGCGGAGGAGGACUACUUGACUGUGGAGAUCCCCCGCUACAGCCCUGGGAUGAACUAUGUGGUGACCGAUCAUAGUUUAUUUUUAACCCACAUUUACUUUCGGUAUUGGAUAAUUCAGAUGUUGCUUUACAUCAGCAUCAUCCAAGGUCUGUGGGCCGGUGAGGAGCUGACAUUGCAGGGUCUUGUCUCUGGAGUGGAAGUGUCUGUAGUGGAGGCAGAGUCUCUGAAAGUGGAGGACAGUCUUGUCCAUAAAUGUACAUUUCCUGUUGGAGAACUACUAGUAUGUUUGCCAGAAGGGAGGAUAGUGGCAGUCGUCGACACCACCCACACCACACCGCCUACUCACCCCAAUCUAACCACCCUAUUGGACCCCAGCUGUGCUCCCAUGGAGACGGACAGUGCCAGAGCACUGUUCAGCUUCAGCCUGGACUCCUGCGGGACAACUGUAACUACUGAGGGAAAUGUCCUUGUUUAUGAAAACCAGAUUAGUUACGCUCAAGAUUUUCUGCCUUUGGAUGAUCCUCUUAUACACAGAGAUUCUCCAUACAGGCUGACAAUUCAGUGUCGCUAUCCAGCAAACCACAGUAGUACUCUUGCUAUCCAACACCCUUUGAAUUACUCUCUGGACCUUUCACCCAUCACGGUCAAACGAACAUCCAGGGGAUCUGCAAACAAAGGUCAAAGAAAAUGGAGAGUAAAUUUGGACGGGCGGCAAAACCUUCAUCUAGGUUGAAAAGUUGUUAAAACUGUAUUUAAAUCAUUGUUCACAAUGUGCUAAAUGUUCUACACAAAUACCUCUAAUGACUGUAUUGAAACUGCAAUUGUGAGAUUGAUAUAAUGGAUAUAAUUUACUGUAAAUUGGUGUAAGGGAACACAAUGUUCCACUCUUUUUCUUUUCUAGUGAACUGUGGUGAAUGUAUAAAAUGAAUGAAGACAACUGAUUAAAUAAAAACAUAUGGGAACAGCGCAAAGUGCCAUCUCAGUGCACACAUGCCUCACAGAUGUCACAUGUUUGACUACAAGAUAUUUAAUGAAUACUUGGAAUAUUAAAUGAUUAAAUAAAUUGAUUUCCAAAGAUAUAGCAAAGAAACACUCAUGCAUGAAAUAACAUAGGAAACGAAUACCGGUCCGUUUGGACCUAUGUUGCGCAAUAGAAGGGUAGUGAUACAAAAAUAAUUUUUAUUCAAAAAGUAAGAAAGUAAAA